UUGAAUCUCAUUAGUUUCUUGUGUGUUUCUCCCUGUCAAUAAUCCCGAAUCCAGACUCUCUCUAUUUCCAUCCCUCUCUAUCUGUCAAUCAGCGCCGCCUUUGAACUGAAAACCACUCCGACCAACUUCAACUCUCUCAAUCCGAGCACCGCGGCUCCUUCACCGGCUUCCCCGUUUCCGGCAAGGGUCCCCUUCUUUUUCUUUUGGGGACUUUUUUUCAGUGGGGACCGCGAACGCCACACGCUGUGUGUGCGUGUGCGUGCGCGUGUUUUUUUUUUCUACUGGAGGGGGGCAACGCCACCUACGACACCCCCGAAGUCUCGCAAAGUGGCACUUUUUUUCGACGGUGAGGGGUCCUUUAAAAAUAUAUACAAAAAGUUUCUCCUUUUGGAGGACUUCCCCCCACCCCCCACCACCACUAACGAGAGCAGCAGCAGCAAGCUAGCCGCCUUCAGUGAAGCUCGUGGGGGGAAAAAGCGGAGCGAAAAUGCCGCAACUGAACGGCGGUGGAGGGGACGACCUGGGCGCCAACGAUGAAAUGAUUUCCUUCAAAGACGAAGGGGAGCAGGAGGAGAAAACCUCGGAGAACUCGUCGGCCGAAAGGGAUUUAGCGGACGUCAAGUCGUCGCUCGUCAACGAGUCGGAAACAAAUCAGAACAGCUCGUCUGACUCGGAGGCGGAGAGACGGCCUCCGCCUCGGUCUGAAACUUUCAGAGACAAAACGCGAGAAAGUUUAGAGGAGGCAGCGAAGAGGCAAGAUGGAGGGCUGUUCAAGAGCCCACCGUACCCGGGCUACCCGUUUAUUAUGAUCCCCGAUCUCACCAGCCCCUACCUCCCCAACGGAUCACUUUCUCCCACAGCGCGCACAUACCUACAGAUGAAAUGGCCCCUGCUAGAUGUUCAACCUGGAGGUCUUCAGAGUAGACAAGCACUUAAAGAUGCCAGGUCCCCGUCACCGGCACACAUCGUCGGGCCCUUCUGCUGGGAAUUCCCUGGACAGUCAGAUCUGAGCCUUCACCAAUUUCAUUUGUCGAAUAAGGUUCCAGUGGUUCAGCACCCUCACCACGUGCACCCUCUCACACCGCUGAUCACUUACAGCAAUGAGCACUUCACACCCGGGAACCCGCCACCACACCUACAGACAGACGUGGACCCCAAAACAGGAAUUCCAAGGCCUCCGCAUCCUCCAGAUAUUUCUCCUUAUUACCCGCUGUCACCCGGCACUGUCGGGCAGAUCCCCCAUCCCCUAGGAUGGUUAGUACCACAGCAAGGUCAACCUGUUUAUCCAAUCACAACAGGGGGUUUUAGACACCCCUACCCAACUGCGCUCACUGUCAACGCAUCCAUGUCAAGUCUUCUGUCCUCUAGGUUCCCCCCACACAUGGUGCCCCCCCACCACGGUUUGCACACCACGGGCAUCCCGCACCCGGCCAUCGUCACACCCAACGUCAAGCAGGAAUCCUCCCACAGCGACAUCAGCUCCCUCAACAGUUCGAAACAGUCCGAUGCUAAAAAGGAGGAGGAGAAGAAGAAGCAGGUCCACAUAAAGAAGCCGCUGAACGCCUUCAUGCUCUACAUGAAGGAGAUGCGGGCCAAGGUGGUGGCCGAGUGCACGCUGAAGGAAAGCGCCGCCAUCAACCAGAUUUUGGGGCGGAGGUGGCACGCGCUAUCGAGGGAGGAGCAAGCCAAAUACUACGAGCUGGCCAGGAAAGAGCGACAGCUCCACAUGCAGCUCUACCCAGGCUGGUCGGCCCGAGACAACUAUGCGGCUAACCAACAGGGGAAAAGGAAGAAGAGAAAAAGGGAAAAGCAGCAAGCGGAGAGCAACGAACACAGAGAAUAUUUUCCAAACCCUUGCCUUUCACUCCCUCCGAUUACAGAUGCAAAUACCCCAAAGAAGUGUCGUGCCUUGUUCGGGCUUGACCAGCUGAGUUUAUGGUGCAAACCGUGCAGGAGGAAAAAAAAGUGCAUUCGCUACAUCCAAGGUGAAGGCAGCUGCGCCAGUCCUCCCUCCUCGGACGGAAGCUUCCCAGACUCCCCCCCGUCCUCGCCCUCCUCCGUGGUCCCGUCCCCCUCGCCAAAAGAGUCCAAACCUCAGACUGAACAAAUGCAACCUCUUUCACUGACUAUGAAACCCGCCCACCAGCCGCUCCUCCCUCACCCGCCGCACCUCCCGGCCGGGCCGCCGGAAAACGCCGCCGCGGCGGCGGGCGGCAAAACGCUGACCCCGGAACCCGGCGACGCCCCGCCCUCGCGGCUACCGGGCCCCUCGGUGGUGUCCCCCAUGGCCCGGCCCUCGCCACUGCUGUGUCAUUCCCACUCGCUGCAGCCUCUGUCGCUCGUGACCAAGUCCAUAGAGUAGCAGUCGGACCCUCCUCCUCUUCUUCUUCUUCUUCUUCUUCUUGGUUUCCUUCUAGCCGCCGCUGCUCGCUACUGUUGUGUUUUCAAGUUCAUUGGUCAAUAUUUGACCCGCCGAGGAGCCUGUCGAAUUGUCCUCAAGAACGAUCACCCGCAGCUGCAACACCAGCUCAAACAUUUUAUUUUAUUUUUUAUAUUUUGCUUUCUGCAAAAGUUGAAUGGAGGUGACGCUACUUUUGGUUGAGGAAGACUUUUGAGCCAAAGGGCUUCCGCGGUCAAAAAUGAGAUGCGGUGGUCAUCGGAGGACCUGGAAUCUUCUAAAAGGCUUUUCCGGGUCUAAAUUUGACAGGAAGCCUUUCAACAACCAGGAAGAGUUGUGUUGCCUCCAUUCGACUUUUGCGGACGGUGGUGACUCUGAUGACUUUGCUUCGUCAGCUCUAAAUUUGACCAAAGCUUUUGGAACAAACUGUGGACGUUCCCUCAUUUCGGUGAACAAUCCAAAAGAUUUCUCCGGUCGACAUUUAGAACUGAAGAAGCUCUUGUUCAAGAUCUCACAACAAUGGACAGGACACGCCGUACGGCUAGCGUUGGUUCUCCUUCUUAUUUGUAUUAAAUACGAGCUUGCGAACCAAUCACACCCCCUUUCACACAGCGCGCGAGGGCGGAGAGCCCGGCGGCGACGCCGCCGAGGAACUUUUUAAUUGUGAUGUUACUUGUUGUUCAAAAUGUACAGAAUCAAACAAAUUGGAGCUUCGAGGCGAAGGGGGACGGGCUGGUCGGGUCGGGGAUAAUUAUGCAUUCUUCCACUGCUUUUUCUUUGUUUACCUUUUGGGGGAGGGGUCGGGGUGGGCGGGUGUUUAAAAGGGGUCGUCGGAUUGAAAAUGUUCACCACGCUAGGACCAGUAGUAUUUAUUGCUUUAGAGAUUUUUGCUCGUCGUAUCUCGUACGUGUCUCUUUUUAGACUUUUUAUUUCUUUUUUUCUUAAAAAAAAAUGUACAAAUAUUUUUUUCGUAAGGUAAGCGACACACACAUAUAUAUAUAUAUGAAUGAUCCAUUUUUACAAGAAGUCCCCCCCCCACCCCCACCCCACCCAAACCGAGAUUCCGCCCUUGUGUCCCGUGUCGAUCUCACCAAGCGAACGUCUGCACAAUAUUUCGAGGAACGCGUCGGUCGAUAAGCCAUGACACGAAAACCAGUGCGUCGAUAGCCCUACCCCGUCACCAUUUUCACCUUUCAGACUGUUGCUCCGCCGUGUACAGAUUUUUCCGUGCCAAUUUUUUUCGCUAAUUUCAUUUGCCCCCCCCUCCAUUGCCCCGGACCACGCUGUAAGGAUCCUCCUCUUUUCGUUUCAGUUCAAUGCCAUCCUUUUGCUGUGACGUUACAUAGAUUGCUAUGUAUGUAGUAUAAAUGUUGCUAUAACAAAUGUGUUUGGUAGCAAAUUGUCAAAUAUUAAAAAAAUUUAAACCUAAUAAUAAUAAAAAAAGAAAAAAGGAAAAAAAAAUCACGGGCAUCAUACUGUAUAAAACCCACACGGGCCAAAUUCUGUAUAUUAGGAGGUUCAUACAAAAAAAAAAACUAUUAAAUGCCAAAAAAAAAAUACACAAACUGCCACUUUUAAGUACACAACUACAUAUAGGUAGGUAGGAAAAAAAAUAGGCAUGUUGAUGUUGCAAGAGGCUGUAAAAUAUUAAUGAGAAAAAAAAAAAGCUACAAGAGAAAUCAUCCACUCGGUGCCAUUGUAGUUGACAUGACGCGACUGUAAACUGUCGAUUUCUUCUCUGGUUUAUUAAGAUGCUAAUGAUAAAUAGUUUGAAUGUUUCCUUAACGGCUGUGAUGUUCCUGUUCUCUUUUACGCUCUUAUCUUUUCUUCUCUUUGUUUGUCCGUUUGUUUGUUUCUUUCCCGUUCUUUUGAAAUGGUUCCCCCGAAACUACGUUUUUUGUAACGGAAAUAAAUGUUAAUGCUGUACAGUCUCUGUAGCAUGCAGUUCUGUGUUAAUAAAAGCAACUUAGUAUGUGCA